AGUUUGUCUGGUGAUAGAGGUUGUCAUACGAAGGUGAUAUCAUGAUGUGAUAUCAGUUUGUCUGGUGAUAGAGGUUGUCAUACGAAGGUGAUAUCAUGAUGUGAUAUCAGUUUGUCUGGUGAUAGAGGUUGUCAUACGAAGGUGAUAUCAUGAUGUGAUAUCAGUUUGUCUGGUGAUAGAGGUUGUCAAACGAAGGUGAUAUCAUGAUGUGAUAGAGGUACUGAAGGGACUAAUUGAAGUUCCUUCACUGACACAGGAAGUGGGAACAAGGUCUGAAGGGGGAGGAGCUUAAAAAGGAUUAGGUCAGCAGGCUGCAGCUGAUGACAUCAUCACAAAUCCACUUGGCCGUGUCCUGCUCUGGUCCGUCUUCUCGUCUCCUUCAGAGUCCACCAUCAGGACUGCAGACUCCCCAGGAGCACCUUGGCCACAGUUCUGUUCUACCUGCAGCCGUCGCCAUGCCAACCGUCAAGGGCAAGAAGAGGAGGCCCAAGAAGGAGGCCAAUGAAGGGGAGGAGCCUGGAGAAGCAGUGGACGAGCAGACGCUGACCCCUGACCUUCUGGAGGCGGCGCCGCAGAAGAAGAGGAGGAAGAAGAGGAGCUCUACGAUUGACCAGGAAGACACGCCCAACGGCAACACCACCAUAGACCGGAACCAGAACCAGAACCAGGACCAGGACCAGGACCAGGACCAGGACCAGGGGGCCAUGGCCAGGAAGACCAGAAGGAAAAGGAAGGUGAAGUCAUCAGAUCAUUGCACCAACAACCUCCAUGAUGAUGUCAUCAUGGACACACGCCCACAGUCCUCCCCCCAUGGACACGCCCCCCAUGGACACGCCCCCCAUGGACAUGCUCCCAGAGUCUUUGUGGAGAGGAGCAGUGCACGUAUCUCUAGGACGUCCCCAGGUGGAGCACACAGACUCAGAGUACCUGGAGUCCAGACAGGUGUGGAGCACCAGAGACGUGGCCUUGCAGGUGCACAGCGGCUUCAGGGUGCUGGGCCUCUUCUCCCACGGCUUCCUGGCGGGCUGUGCGGCGUGGAACAUGGCGGUGGUCUACGUGCUGGCGGGCGAGCACAUGUCGUCACUCGGCAACCUGCUGCAUCAGUACCACUCGCUGGCCUACGCUGCUCAGUCGCUGCUCUACCUGCUGCUCGCCAUCAGCACCGUGUCCGCCUUCGACAGUGUUUCCUGUGCAGAGUGAACCUGGCCAAGGCCUCCAUGGCUCUGAGAGGUAUCAUCACCUUGGAUCCUGCAGCUCUGGCAUCGUUUUGUAUGUGGAGGACUACAUUGUGCUGGUCUACAAUGUAUUUCAUGGCACUGAUCCUGGCCCUCAGUCAACAAAUGACCAGCGACCGUAUCAGCCUCUAUCCUUCAGCCAAUCACACGCUGUGGCCUCCUGGUUCUGAGGAGCAGAUCUUGCGACCGUGGAUGGUGGUCAACCUGGUGGUGGCGUUGUUGGUGGGCGUGGCUUGGGCCGUCAUCGCCACAAGGCCAGACAUUGACUACACAGAAGAGUUCCUGAUGUCCAUGGAGGUGGAAGGUUAUCCCAGAGGAGAAGACAACAUUCCUGCCUAAAACAUUGUCCAAGUGUCCUGCACACCAUUUAUUUUAUUUUUUUCUACACUUUAAGUCCAAAUAAACACAGCAUCUUCUUGUC